CAUAUUAGCUGUCAUGUUCAUAUUGAGCAAGCAUGUAAUACUAGAAGUGUCAAAAAAGUUUCACUAUUUUCUGUUUUACUCUUAAGUAACUUAAAUUCAUAUCGUUGUUGCCUGACCAAUUCUAAGUCGGCUAUAAUUAUCUUUAUUUAUGUAAAAAACAAUAUUAAUGUAAAUCUGAAGUCUCAAUAAAAAUACAUACAUACAUACAUACAUGGUGCCAAAUGUUUGCAUGGAUUUCAAAAAUCCCGAUGUCGUUUUUUUGCACAAAAUCUAUAUAGAUAAACAAAAAAACACACCUAAUGUACACUAUUUGUAAUAACUAAUAACAUAUAAAAAAGUGUAUAAAAAAAAGCUCAAUAAAGUUACUACAACUAUACUACUAAAACUACUUAACCAACUAUAAACUUCAACAAGCUCUGACAAUGGCACUUGUAGACACCGGCCUAAGUGGCCGGCUUAAUCCUGGCAACAAAUUACCUUUUCCUAAAAUAGAGAAACCCUACAUUCUAGGUUGCUUCAGCGUCAACACGAACCGUGACUUUGUUAAUUCAGCCGAAAACUUCCGUUACUUUCGAAUGCCAAACAAAAUGCCAUUGGACCUAAAUAUUGGCUAUGGACAUGCAAAAUCCAAACAAGAACAAAUGCAAGAUGAACGACUCGAUCAUCCGUUGCAAUUUAUUCAGUGCCAUCAAGAUGAGCUUUUAUCAAAACCAGAAAAUGCCAGCAAUAAGGGUGUUGGUGAAUUUGAUUUUAUAUGUUUCCGUGGUCUGCUUCGUUUGCUAAUGUGCACACCAUACGAGUCAAGAGAAGACUGGUGUAUUCAUGCUACACGAUAUAAAGGCAAUAUCUACAUGAGUCAAAAGGAAACGGAUCAGAAACGACAUCAGCGCUACAAUGAAACUGAAAACCAAAAAAAAUUCUGCUCCUACGGCUAUAAAUUCGAACAAUACUGUAUGACGCACGAUCCAUCUGAAGAACCAAACACAAAUACUCCGGUUGAUGAAUGUGAGGAAUUCUAUUGCAUGUACAAAACUAAAAUACAAGGCAUGGAAAUACUGUUUGGAGCUGAAGUUGAUGGCGCAUUGAGCAGUGCUGUUGCACAAAAUAUCGAAAGCAGAGAAGAAUUGAACUCACUGAAGCUGGUAGAACUUAAGUGUUCGCUUCGACCUGCCAACAAACGGCAGCAACAAAACUUUUACCGCUUUAAGUGCAGGAACUGGUGGUGCCAGAGCUUUCUUGUUGGAAUUCAAGAUCUCAUGGUUGGAUAUAGGAACGAUAAAGGACUUGUGGAUGAGAUCAAGCACAUGGAAGUUCGAUCUUUGCCGAAACUAGCUUCGAAUUAUUGGGCUCCAUCGCAAUGUGCUGAUUUCCUUGUGAAAUUCCUUCAAAUGUUAAAAAAUACGAUGAAGGAUGUAAACUGUCCCCAUACAGUUUACGAAUUUUACUUCGAUCCUCGGUCUAAAAUGAUUGGUUAUAGGAUCUACCGGAAUGAGCCUUCACAUACUCUCUUACCGGAUUGGUAUGUGACAAUGUUACAACAACGUUCUAAUGUUUAAUAUACUAUUCUGUAUCUAAUGUUUAAUAUACUAUUCUAUAAACAAAAACAA